UCUUGUGCCCUCCCACUGGAGGAAGGUACGUUCUCGGUUCCGGGGUGGUCUCCGCCGAUUGUGGCAGGAUAACCGCUGCUGCAGCACCAUGUCGUCGGUUGGGACCCUUGCCUUUGAUGAGUAUGGACGCCCUUUCCUCAUCAUCAAGGAUCAGGACCGCAAGUCUCGUCUUAUGGGACUGGAGGCCCUUAAGUCUCAUAUAAUGGCGGCCAAGGCUGUAGCCAAUACAAUGAGAACAUCACUUGGACCAAAUGGGCUUGAUAAAAUGAUGGUGGAUAAGGACGGGGACGUGACCGUGACCAAUGAUGGCGCCACCAUCUUAAGUAUGAUGGACGUUGAUCAUCAGAUUGCCAAGCUGAUGGUUGAAUUGUCCAAAUCACAGGAUGAUGAAAUCGGAGAUGGAACCACAGGAGUGGUUGUCCUGGCUGGCGCCCUGUUGGAGGAAGCUGAGCAGUUGCUGGACCGCGGCAUUCACCCGAUCAGGAUCGCUGACGGCUAUGAGCAGGCCUCCCGCAUUGCCAUCGAGCACCUGGACAAGAUCAGCGAUAGUGUCCUUGUUGACAUAAAGGACACUGAGCCCCUGAUUCAGACAGCGAAAACUACACUGGGCUCCAAAGUGGUUAACAGCUGUCACCGCCAGAUGGCCGAGAUUGCAGUGAACGCCAUCCUCACUGUGGCAGAUAUGGAACGCAGAGACGUUGACUUUGAGCUCAUCAAAGUAGAAGGCAAAGUGGGCGGGAGGUUGGAGGACACUAAACUGAUCAAGGGCGUGAUUGUGGACAAGGACUUCAGUCAUCCACAGAUGCCCCAACAAGUAGAAAAUGCUAAGAUUGCGAUUCUCACCUGUCCCUUCGAACCCCCAAAACCAAAGACAAAGCACAAGCUGGAUGUGACCUCUGUAGAAGAUUACAAAGCCCUUCAGAAAUAUGAAAAGGAGAAGUUUGAAGAGAUGAUUCAGCAGAUUAAGGAAACCGGCGCUAACCUAGCUAUUUGCCAGUGGGGCUUUGAUGAUGAAGCAAAUCAUUUACUUCUUCAGAAUAACCUGCCUGCGGUUCGCUGGGUAGGAGGACCUGAAAUCGAGCUGAUCGCCAUUGCCACAGGAGGGCGGAUCGUGCCGCGAUUCUCCGAGCUCACAGCCGAGAAGCUAGGCUUUGCUGGGCUCGUCAAGGAGAUAUCGUUUGGGACCACUAAAGACAGAAUGUUGGUCAUUGAGCAGUGUAAGAACUCCAGAGCUGUCACCAUUUUCAUCAGAGGAGGAAAUAAGAUGAUCAUUGAGGAAGCAAAACGAUCCCUUCAUGACGCUUUGUGUGUCAUCCGGAACCUCAUCCGUGACAAUCGUGUGGUGUACGGUGGCGGUGCUGCUGAAAUAGCGUGUGCUUUGGCGGUUAGCCAAGAGGCAGACAAGUGCCCAACCUUGGAGCAGUAUGCCAUGCGAGCUUUUGCUGAUGCACUGGAGGUCAUCCCCAUGGCCCUUUCUGAAAAUAGUGGCAUGAAUCCCAUCCAGACUAUGACUGAAGUUCGAGCCAGACAGGUGAAGGAGAUGAACCCUGCUCUUGGAAUUGACUGUCUGCACAAGGGUACAAAUGAUAUGAAGCAACAACAUGUCAUAGAAACCUUGAUUGGUAAAAAGCAACAGAUAUCUCUUGCAACACAAAUGGUUAGAAUGAUAUUGAAGAUUGAUGACAUCCGUAAGCCUGGAGAAUCUGAAGAAUAAAAAAAAAUAGAAUAAACUGGAGGAAUGUCCAUGGCUGUAAUUAAAUAAAUAGGUGGCUUGUGA